AUGGCGGCGCCUAGGGCUUCGCGGAACGAGGGUGCGGGACACGAUCAACUUACUUUCCUCUUUCUAUUUAAAAAUCGCAAGGGGGAAAACUUCAGCAAACGAAUGCAACCGGUUAGAUACAACUUUGGGCGGGAGCAGCUGCAUGUAGAGAGCUGCAAUUAAGCGUUGUUGUUGCAAUGGGAGCUUGGUUCCGGGACCCGGGAGGGACAGGGCUCGGGCAGGCGAUUUGCAGCUGAAAACAACCUUUUGCAACGAAUUACACCCAUAAAGACCGAGUUUGCACCUUUAAUGCAACAUUUGUCAUGCUGCCUGACCUGUUGAGUGUUCUCCCUGUCGCCACUCAAGCAUCUGCAGUCGUUUGCUUUGGCCUGGGAGGUGGUGGGCGAGAGGUGGGAUCGUUGCGUUAGACCUUGGCGAGACGGAGGACCCUCGUGAGGAGAUGGAGGUUGCCGAGCGCCCGUUGGCCAGGGCGGGCAAGCUGCGGGCCAGUGUUGAGAGGGCAGAGGCCACGUUCCCCCCCGGUGCCAGCGACUCCCCCUCAGACUCCCUCUCGGAGGGUCACGUGGUCACCAUGCAGGCACAGACCCACAAUUUGCCACAAGGACACCUGGCUCCAGACUCCGAGCCGACCAGCGGCCGUGGUGACUCUAUCCCUCUGCCAGAUGCCUUGGACGGAUUGGCUGCCGGCAGCGGUCAGCUGACAGGAGCUCCCAUGCCCUCCGACCCUCAUAGACUGGACGUGACGAGAGAGAGCUGGGACCUCCUGGAGACGGCGCAGGUCCUGAGCGAGAUUGCCGGGCCCUUCCCGCCGGUCAGCGGCACGUCGGAAGAGGAGAGCCCGCCCAAUCCCUUGGCCCGGGUGUCCGACCCGCACCUCCUGGUCCUGUCGACGGCACAGACGGAGAACCCCGAGCUUCAGGUGACCGAGGAGGUGAUUCUGGAACUCCCCAACGGCAUCAAGAUGUACGGCAAAGACCUGUCCGGCCUUACGGAGCUCCUGCAUCCAACACAGGUCCUCCUGCAGGUCGGCCCUCGGAAGUUCACGCUGGCCACGACUGACGCGCUGCUCCCGGCCGGCUCUCUGGUCUUCACCGUGUCACAGGAAACGACGCAGGAUGAGACUCCGGUGAAGCAGCCAGAUGCAGAAGUGGAAGGGAGCUUGUACAGAUGUUACCUCUGCAGUUUGACCUUCAACCGCCGUGGCAAUUACGUCCGACACAAGAAAAUCCACAUGGUCAACACCGAGGAGGAUGCCAGGUACAAGUGCCCCCACUGCGACCGGCAAUUCAUCCAGCAUUGUGACCUGCGUAGACACACACACGUCCACACGGGGACCCAACCCCACAAGUGCGAGCUGUGUGGCAAAGCUUUCCUCAGAGCAAGUGACCUGGUGGUUCACAGACGGUUCCACACCAAAGAUCGACCCUUCCAGUGCGGCCAGUGCCAGAAAUCCUUCUUCCAGUCUGGUGACCUCCGGCGGCAUGUGAGGAACAUCCACAUGACCAACGCCCGGAUGUUGAGCUGUGGCCACUGCAAGAAGAAGUACAUCAAGGAGGCCACGCUGCUCCACCACAUCCAGACCGUGCACCAGGAUAUCCUGCUGCACACCCUGAAGGAACAGGAGCAACACAGCAGUGAUGUGAUGGUGGCGGAGGUCGGAAAUGGAGACGAGGACGAGAGGGUCUUGAGCGGCUACAGACUGCCGCACGUGGAGACAUCCACUACGGAUGAUAACGUCCUAUCAACCGAGGCAGGUGUACAUGGGGAGACUGCUUUGGAGGAGCCACAUGCCCCACAUUACGAUACAGAGACCAAUCCUUCUGUCUCAGGCCAGCUGUUGGAAUCCACGGUCACGGACAGCACGAGGGGACAAAUGCAAGCUCUCCUAGGUUGCAGUGGGUCGGGACCCGGCCUUGUGUUGAUAGACAUGCACCCUGCGGUGACCAUAGCUUAGCGGCCGGAGCUGGGAAAGCACUGAGACUGACCACCAGUGAAGUGAACUGACAUUUCUUCUUUGCCAAGAACAUGCUCCAUUUUUCAUCUGCAGAGGAAGAUGUGAUCCUGUGUAAGUUUGCAGUUACUUUAGAGAUACAGCAUGAAACAGGCCUGCCGAUCACCCCGUAACCUAGCACUAACAUACACACUAGGGACGAUUUACAAGUUUACCAAAGCCAAUUAACCUGGAUGUCUUGGAAGUGUGGUAGGAAACCGGAGCAUCCGGAGAAAACCCACGUGGUCCCAGGGAGAAAGUGCAAACACCAUACAGAUAGCACCCGUUGUCUGGAUCAAACCCGGGUCACUGGCGCUGUAAGGCAGCAACUCUACUGAUGCACCAUCAUUGAUCCUGUGUUAUGUUGAAUUGAAUUGUACGGAACUGAAACAGGCCUUUCUGCCCAUCGUUGACCAUUGAUCCCAAAAACUUUUCAUUCUGACCAAGGAAAGCUCGGCAUUCAAUAAUACCAAUGUGGCACUAAUCUCCAGGGUUCGGGUGCCAUUAUCACACAACUUGUAUUCCACUGGAGGAGCCCACGGUGAAGGAAAAUUUAAUGCUCAAUAUCAGUUUAUACUUGGAAUGACAAAGUGCUGGAGUAACUCAGGUGGUCAGGCAACAUCUCUGGAGAACAUGGGAUAGGUGAUAUUUCGGAUCGGGGUCUGAAGUCACCUACCCAUGUUCUCCAGAGAUUUGGAAUAUUAUUGGAGAAACAAUUCAACAGAAUUGUCACAUCUCUGGCCCUUGUUCAGCCAUCUGUCAAUCAAACCCCCCUCACUCGAGUCUGAAGGGUCCCAACCCAAAACGUCACCUAUCCAUGUUCUCCAUGGAUGCUGCCUGACCUGCUGAGUUACUCCAGCACUUUGUGUCUUUCAUCAGUAAACCAGUUCCUUGUUUCUACAUGAGCUUGGACUUACCUUGUACUAUU